GGAAAGAGAGCCGGAAGUGACCGUCUUAGGUUUGUUGCUAACGCUAAUGGACCCGGAAAGGUAAAGCAACACUCCGAAGAUGGCCGGGGUGUUUGAGGUGGAGGUUGAUGGUGUAGAGCACGACCAUGGACUGGAACAUCACGAUGAGCCGAACCAGUUUGAUGUGUCCAAGCUUUCACCUGAAGAAAAGUGGAGGGUGGAGCAUGCAAGAAUGCAUGCCAUACACAAAGGUCAUGAGGCCAUGCACGCAGAGAUGGUACUCAUCCUCAUAGUCACCCUGGUUGUCGCCCAGCUAGUCCUUGUGCAAUGGAAACAGAGACAUUCAAAGUCAUACAAUCUGGUGACUCUGUUCCAGAUGUGGGUAGUUCCUCUCUACUUUACUACCAAACUCCACUGGUGGAGGUUCCUGACCACGUGGUUUAUCUUCUCUGUCAUCACGGCGUACAUUUCCUACCGUGCCACUCGCAAGCCGCUGGCCUGCACCACACCAAGGUUGGUGUAUAAGUGGUUCCUCCUUCUCUACAAGAUCAGCUAUGCCACAGGAAUAGUUGGCUACAGUGUCGUCAUGUUUACACUUUUUGGUAUUAACCUAAUAUUCAGGAUAAAGCCAGAGGACGCAAUGGACUUUGGCGUUUCACUGCUAUUCUACGGUCUGUACUACGGGGUCCUAGGAAGGGACUUUGCAGAAAUGUGUGCAGACUUCAUGGCUUCAACCGUUGGGUAUUACAGCGCAUCCGGCAUGCCAACCAAGCACCUCUCUGACAAUAUCUGUGCUGUGUGCGGUCAGCCCAUCCUUGUAGAUGUCAGUGAGGAGGGGAUUAUUGAGAACACGUACAGAUUAUCCUGCAACCAUGUGUUCCAUGAGUUCUGCAUAAGAGGAUGGUGUAUCGUCGGAAAGAAGCAGAUGUGCCCGUACUGCAAAGAGAAGGUGGAUCUGAAGAGGAUGUUUAGUAACCCGUGGGAGAGGCCACAUGUCAUGUAUGGACAACUUUUAGAUUGGCUUCGGUAUUUGGUGGCUUGGCAGCCUGUUAUUAUUGGAUUUGUGCAAGGUAUCAACUACGUGCUAGGUCUCGAGUGACCUGUGACGGGCGAAAAUGGACAUACACACCAUACGGAGAAGAUAUGCACUGGCUCAAAAGACUGAGGGCCUAACAUUUGAACUAAAACACCAAUAAAAAAGUGUCUAUACUUUUUUGUAUAUAUUUAUAGGCACAUAUUAUCUGUAUUUACGGUUUAUUUGAAUUUUAUUAGUCAUCUGAAUUUGGAUGUCAGUGUCAAUUUCCCAAGAUUUGCUUCACACGGCGUUACACCUUAAUAAUUGGUUUGUGCAUCUUACAGUGUAGUAAAGCAGUUCUCAGUCGUCAGAGAGGUGCUUUUUACUAAUUUAUGUCUUAAGUGUGUGUUAAUACCUUGUUAAAGGGUCAUGUAGAGUUUUUCAUCCUCAUCAUUAAUCAUUACCAAAUGGAAAUCCUAAGCAUAUGCAGCAUUAGUCAUUGUUUCCUACACAAACCCAGUAUCCACAGGCUUCCUCCAGAGACAUUUUGCGACCGUGUCUCCUCAUGUAAUCACUCAUAUGGCCCUUUGACCUGCUGGCCACAGAUUCUAUUCUUCAGACUGUAGUGACACGGGUGAGAGUUUCCUAAGCACUGGCUGUCAUCCACCAUGUGAGCAGAGGCCUUGUCAUCAAGUGGGGAAAAAAAAAUAAUGCGCUCGUAGCACAUAAACAGAGGAUUCCUCAUACAGAGCUUGCUAAGCUGGAACUUCUUGUUACUGGAUUUUAAAAUGUCCCCGUUGUAUUCAUGGACACUCAUUCUUAUCAACUUGGCAAAACAGUCUUUGCUUUGACCCUUUGUGCAAUAUCGUACUUUAUUGAGUUUGUGUGAUUUCAGUAGGAACAAUGUCACUGUCUACCAAACAAAGUCACACACAGUAGUUAUAUUAAAGGGUCUGUUCACUUAAAUUACAGAAAGUUCUCACUUAGCUGGACGUGUAUCUGUCCAUGUAGAUAGUUUUGGUUGAACUCUGUCAGCUGUUUUCUUCAGAGCUACUUUCUUACCCCCCCACCACCCCCGUUUCUGUUUCA